UAUUGAUCGGUCCACUCCUUUUCCCGUCUAGCCGGACUCCUCCCCGACUCCGACGGCCGCCGAGGAAGGAAGGCGAAGUCCCCAUUUAAACCUAGCGGACCCAGCCUCGUGCGUCGCAGCCACGCUACUUUCUGUGACGGAGGCGGGAAGGAAGAGGCGGUAGCAGUCGGAGUCGGACGGCGGCGAGCGGGGACUAAACCCUAGAGGCGAGAGCCGAGCUCCACCGCCGCGCCGCGCCCGGAUCGAUCCCCAUCUCCGUUCCCGGCGAUGAACCGGCGGCAGGAGCUCUGCAGGAACUUCCAGCGCGGCAGCUGCAAGUACGGAGCGCAGUGCAGGUUCGUGCACGCAUCCUCUCAGCAGCAGCAGGCGAAGCCCAACCCGUUUGGGUUCGGCACCGCGAGCAGGCAGCAGCAACAGCAGCCGUCGCUCGGUGCGCCGUUCCAGCAGCAGCAGCAGCAGCAGCAGAAACCCAAUCCUUUCGGGUUCGGGGUGCAAGGUGCAGCCGCGCAGUCGAGACAUGCUCCUGGCCCGGCAAAGCCUUUUCAAAAUAAGUGGGUGAGGGACCCCUCAGCUCCGACGAAGCAAUCGGAAGCGGCGCAGCCACCACCAGCAGCCCACACCUCUUGUACAGAUCCGGAGUCCUGCAGACAACAGAUUGCUGAUGAUUUUAAGAAUGAGACUCCGCUCUGGAAGCUUACUUGUUAUGCUCACCUCAGAAGUGGUCCUUGUGACAUCAAGGGGGAUAUUAGUUUUGAGGAGCUGAGAGCUAAAGCAUAUGAGGAAGGCAGGCAAGGGCAUCCUCUGCAGUCAAUAGUUGAGGGAGAAAGAAAUCUACAAAACGCAAAGCUGAUGGAGUUUACUAAUUUUCUGAAUAACCCACACAUAUCACAAACUCCAAGCUUUUCAACUAUGCCAACUAUGCCUUCUGUUCCUGAAGUGAAAAAUAACUCAUCAUUUGGGGUUUCUCAAACUAAUGGACCACCAGUGUUUAGUAGUUUCAGUCAAAUUGGAGCAGCAACUAAUUUUGGACCUGUUUCCAGAACUACAGCAUCAGGAGUCCCAACCAAUAGUCUUUUUGGUCAGCCUACGCAGCCAAACCGUCCAACAUUUGGUGCCCCUACUUUUGGCGGUUCUGAAAUGAAAUUUGGAGUUUCAGGUCCAUUUGGAAGCCAAACAUCAAAACAGCCAUCUGGGAGUUUGCAGGGCUCAAGCAUGUCCAGCGUUGGCAAUUUCCCAAAGUCUCCUGCAGGCUAUCAGCAGUCCCCUGCCUCCUCUAUCCAGCACAAAAACAUUGAUAGGCAGUCACAAGAUUUACUUAAUGGGAUGAUGGCUCCUACAAGUGCCAUAAACCAAGCUCCUGUUGAGGACAAUAAAAAUGAAAAUCAGGAUGAUAGUAUCUGGUUGAAGGAAAAAUGGUCAAUUGGAGAGAUUCCACUGAGUGAACCACCACAGAGGCACAUCAGUCAUGUGUUUUAAGAACUCAAGGUAUUUUGUGUUGUGGAGGCACUAUCGAGUCAGCUUCAGUGUCCACUUCCAUGUUGUCGAUACACCAUCAGUUGGUUAAAAAAGUUCUCCCCCAAGCUCCAUAAUCAUACGGUACAAACAAGACAUCACACUGGGGAACGUAAAAAGUAAAGGCUGAUCAACCAAUGUAAAACCUUGCUUUAUUUGGCACCAAACACUCAAUCUAGGCUGAUCAAACAAUGUAAAAACUUUGCUGUGUUUGGCGCCACGUGUUCAAUCUAGUAUGAUGUCUCAUUUGAUCACUUGCCAUUCCUACCCUAUGUGCUUUGUGGAGUUUUGAUCUAUAGAUAGGCAGGUAGCAACAACCAAUGAGCAGUCUUAACUUUUUUUUGUAGAUCAAUAAGCAAUCUUAACUGGCGAGCAGCAUGAUGUAGCACAUUGUUCUUAAUUCUUAGGUUUUGCAUACCUGGUUUGGAAGUGAUGGAUGGAGCAAUCAUAACUAAGAUGAUAUAUCACAACAUUGGACGUUUGCUA